GACGGCGAUAACAGCAGACAAACUUCACUAUGGAGCAACUGUUUCCUCAAAUACCAAGCCUAAUACAAUCCUUUGAAUUGUUUCCAAAUGAAAUCUAUAUGUGAAAUGAGCUAAUGGGCAGUAAGUAUUUCACAAUAUACGUUUUAGUGACUGCUGGUCGGCGGCCGGUUGACUUCAGUGCUGUCAUGUGAACCUUAGCUGCAGGGUGUGCAGAGCGCCCAAUGAAGAGAACGAUAAAGGCUUUGCUUAUGGGGGAAAUGCCAAGCAAGAACCACCAAAUAAGAAAAACACAUCAUCUUAGACUAAUGUGUACAUUUCACUUAAAGGUAUUGCGGAGGAUUUUCUUUUUCCGGGUGGAUAAUCAAGACUAAUGGUUUUCCUAGUUGUCAAUCAGGAGUUUUGCGAAAUUGCAUUUUUUUAAAAAGUGGAGAAGGCUGUUCUUUUCUAAAAUUCGAGAAAAUCCUCCGUUACACCUUUAAUGCAAGCAAGUUUACACUUUAAAUUAAUAAUUUUCACAUCGGUGUAUAAGUAUUUAACAAGGCUAAAUGGCAUCUUUAAAGGAAGGCAAAACAAAACAUGGGAAUCACUUUAUGUCUAAAAGCAGCCCAUCUAGCUUCACCCAUUCUAUCAGUAACACAAAAAGAGAGUUUUCAGACUUAGAUCCCCUGGUGCCCAAUGCAGUCUAUGGGACAUUUUCAACCUCUGCAACCAUGAUACCGGAUGAACCACUGGAUAUUCGUCCUGAGAUGCCGAGUGAGUCGGUCGGAGCUAUGGUCCUACAGAUUUUGGUUCCGUGCCUCCUCGCGGGUUUUGGAACAGUGAUGGCGGGGACGUUACUUGAACUUGUGCAGCACUGGGACGUCUUUCUAAAUGUGACUGAGAUCUUCAUCCUGGUCCCACCUCUGCUUGGUCUAAAGGGCAACCUAGAGAUGACACUGGCAUCAAGACUAUCCACUGCAGUGAAUGUUGGCAGAAUGACCUCUUCAAGUGAAAAGUGGAACCUGAUUGUGGGAAAUCUUGCCCUUAAGCAGCUACAAGCAACUGUCCUGGGCUUUAUCGCUGCACUGGUAGCUUCAGGUCUUGGAUGGAUCCUACUGGACGAGAUUCUCAUAAACCAUGUAGCAUUGCUUUGCUGUUGCAGUGUAGUGACUGCAUUCACGUCAUCACUGUUGCAAGGGGUCUUAAUAGUUGGUGUGAUUAUUGGAUCAAAAAAGGUCGGCAUUAACCCAGACAACAUAGCCACGCCCCUCGCAGCCAGUUUUGGAGACCUCAUCACAUUGGGACUUCUUGCCAUCAUCGGUCAAGGCUUCUAUUAUUGCAUGGAGCCUUACCCAUAUAUUUCCUACCUGGUGUGUAUCUCUUUUUUGUGUCUGACACCACUGUGGGUAAUCAUUUCAUUUCGGCAUCCUGUGAGUCGCAAACUGCUGCGUACCGGCUGGGAGCCAAUAAUAACAGCUCUUGUGAUCAGCAGUCUUGGAGGACUGAUUCUGGACAAAACCAUUACUGAUCCGAACCUUGAGAGAAUUGUGGUGUACACACCUGUUAUAAAUGGUGUUGGUGGUAAUCUGGUUUCCAUCCAGGCCAGUCGAAUAGGUACCUAUCUGCAUUUUCAGUGUACUCUAGGUGAGCUUCCAGACGAUGCUAAAGGAUGUUACUGCCCCGGUCACAGCUUUUGUGCCAAAGGCCCGAAUGGAAGAUCAGCACAGGUGCUGCUCGCAUUGGCCAUCCCAGGUCAUCUGAUUUUCAUCUACACCAUUUACCUAAUAGAAGGGAGUCAAACUCCACCCACUCCUGUCUUUAUAUCUUUCUAUUUGGUUGCAGCUUUUACACAGGUUUCACUACUGCUGUGCAUAGCUGAUGUGAUGGUUCACUGCUUGUGGAAGUUCGGCAGGGAUCCUGAUAGCUUCUCCAUCCCUUAUCUGACAGCUCUGGGAGAUCUGCUGGGCACUGCCUUUCUGACACUAUGUAUUUAUCUCAUGUCAUUGGUUACAUAAAUGCUGGUAUUGGUGAUAAAGAACAUUAUCUGUGUUCUAGAAAGCUGUAAGUUCCUAAAAUAGAUUUGAUCUAAUUCAUAAAACCACUCAGUGUACUGAGACAUGAAUCA